AUGACUCAUUCACCCUGCAAAUCAAGCAGCAGCCAACAAGAAGCCUUGGAGAUAUCAGCCGGAACCGCCAUUUUAUCCCGUAUUCCGGAAUUUUGGAGGGACCAACCCAGAUUAUGGUUUAAGCAACUAGAAGCCAUAGUAGCACCACAGAAGCAAGGAGACGAUUACAAGUACUAUACGGUCAUUGCAAAACUGCCAAAAGAAGAAAUAAUACAGGUUAGUGACCUCAUUACUUGCCCACCGCCAAUAGAAAAGUACAAGGCUAUCAAAGAACGCCUAAUCAGUUGCUAUGAGGAAUCAGACCAACGUCAGCUCCAAAAAUUAUUGUCUGAAAUGGAUCUCGGCGACCAGAAACCAUCACAUCUUCUGCGCAAGAUGCGGACCCUGAGUAACGGAAAUAUCAGCGACGAAACCAUCAAACUUCUAUGGUUGAGGCUUCUGCCACCAUCAGUGACUUCGGUUCUAGCAGUCACAGAAGACAUAGAUGUGAACAAGAUGAGCCAGAUCGCGGACAAGAUAUUAAUAAAUUCAACACGUACAGAGGUGUCAGCUGUAAACGGAAACAAAUCUGGCGACGAUACAAUGUCAUGCAUACUAGCACAGUUAGCAGAAAUGCAAUUGGAACUAAAUGCAAUUCAGCAAGGCAACCCCCGCAACAAAUGCGCUCUCCAGCCUGGGCACAGUUUGAUGGAUUGGAUCCGACUCGGCAACUCCGGGAAGGAUUUAACGGGCGUCGGCGGGAGAAUACGACCUGUCACACCCGCCGAACUCUCCACACACAACACAACAAACGAUGCCUGGCUGGCGAUACGCGGCCGCGUCUACAACAUAACGCAUUAUCUACCGUACCACCCUGGAGGACCCGAGGAACUAAUGCGAGGAGCCGGCAUGGACGCUACACAACUCUUCGACAAAGUACACCCCUGGGUCAACUACGACUCUCUCCUCGCAAAAUGUCUCGUAGGACCGCUUAGAUUCGAUCUCCCUGAUGCCGACGAACUCUUCGACACUUCAAACCCGUCGCCUAAAUCCGACCGGCUCAGAGAACCGUCUAAAGCGCAAGAACUAGUUAGAAAAUCCAUGGAGAACUUAGCAAAUUGCAUAACGCCGGUUAGAAAGAAAAUUACUAAAGGUGAUGAUAAUUCUAAAGGAAGUCCGCCUAGCAAGAUCAUGCAGAGCUUAGUGCAGUCCGCUGAUUUACCCAUGUCGAUAAGUCGCAGAGCAGCCUCAAGUCCCGUGAAAAAAACUGACAAGAGUCCAGAUUCACCUCUACCACUCCGCCAUGAUUGGAUUCAAACAUCAACAAAACUAACGAUAUCCGUGUACACAGGGCACCUGGCUAACCCGGGUGGCUGUGCCCGGAUUACCGAAGGCUUUUUGUUGAUUGAAGUUGCGACCAACGGCUGGUUGAGGACGCUUAAAAUAAAGCCCGAAGCUAAAUUAAAGGAACCUCUACAGCUGCGUGUGUUCGCUGAGAGUGGAAAAAUAGAGAUCACCGCACUCAAAGUGGAGCCGAGUGUUUGGAAGGGUUGUGGGGAGGUGACGUUGGGGGCGGCUAGCCGCGUCUCCUCGCCUCGAACCGUCGAGUGCCGGGUCAUGGAGGUGAGCAGGGUGUCGCACGACACCUCGCUACUGUCGGUGUGCCCCAGAGCUGGGCCAGUCGUCGUGCCAUUAGGACAUCAUGUUCGAGUACACAGAAGAGUUGAAGGUUCAGAAUGUGUGCGUUCGUACACGCCCGUUGGUGAGGGCUGGGGACCGCCAGAUGGCACUGAAAUCUUCUCAGCACUCCGACUGGCGGUGAAGCGUUACGACAGUGGCGUCCUCUCUCCACAUCUCACGGCACUCAAAGUUGGAGAUCUCAUUACCCUCUCUGGACCUUACGGCAACUUUCAACUGCAGAAGCUGAAGACAGUGAAGACCCUGUAUUUGAUAGCGGCCGGUACUGGGAUUACGCCUAUGCUCGGCCUUAUAAAGUUUAUGAUGUCAAGGUCUAAUCCUAGAUGCGAACGGACACAUCUAUUAUUUUUCAAUAAAACUGAAGCUGAUAUCCUAUUUCGAGAAACCUUCGAAGAGAUGGUCAAAGAAGACGAAAGGCUGAAGAUUACGCACGUUCUAUCAGACGCCAGUUCGUCAUGGUCUGGUCACAAAGGUCGCAUCAGAGACGAGCUUCUUACUGAUAUACUAAAAGAUGUAAAAUGUGACGACAAAUGUUCUCAUUACGCUUGCCUGUGUGGCCCUACUGAGUUCACGUACGCUGGACUUGAUUUAUUGAAAAAACAUGGCUUCAAAGACGACUGUAUUCACGCUUUUAUGGGAUGA